GUGAUAAACGCUCUCAGACGUUAGCUUAGAGAUGGACAUACCGUAGGAGCUUCCGUGUGUAAGGGAUAAGACGUGCAGUAUUCGCGCCGUGGUUCUGUCGUCGCCUCUAAACAAAAUGAUGAAUUUACCGAAGGGACCCGACUCUUUGUGUUUUAACAAAGACGAAUUUAUGAAGGAUGACUUUGACGUGGAUAAAUUCGUGGCCGACUGCAGAAAGCGUGUGCAGCUGGAGGAGAUGCGCCAGGACCUGGAGCACUAUUACAGGCUUCUCAAAACAGCCAUGGUCGAGCUCAUCAAUAAGGACUAUGCUGAUUUUGUCAACUUGUCCACUAACCUUGUUGGAAUGGAUAAAGCUCUCAACCAACUCUCUGUCCCCCUUGGCCAGCUACGUGAAGAGAUUUUGAGUCUAAGGUCAUAUGUGAAUGAUGUUAUCCAAGGGAUAGACGCACAUUUGACUAAGCAAGAGGACAUUCAGAAGAAGAAGGUCUGUGUGUUAAGACUUAUGCAAGUCGUUCGAUCAGUAGAGAAGAUUGAGAAAAUCUUAAAUUCUCAAAGUGCCCAAGAUUCCACUUCUCUCGAAACAAGCAGUCCUCUGGUAGCGGGUCAGAUUCUCGAGCGGAUCGCAACAGAGUUCAACCAGCUGCAGUUUCAUGCUGUUCAGAGCAAAGGCAUGCCUCUGCUGGACAAAGUGCGCCCGAGAAUCGCUGGUAUUACCGCCAUGCUGCAGCAGUCUCUCGAGGGUCUGCUGAUUCAGGGUUUGCAAACGUCAAACGUGGCCAUGGUGCGUCACUGCCUGCGCACUUACGCCACUAUCGACAAGACCAAAGAUGCAGAGGCACUGGUGGGACAAGUCUUAGUAAAGCCAUACAUGGAAGAGGUCAUAAAUGAACAGUUUGUAAAAUCCAGCCCUAACGGCCUUCAAAUGAUGUACGCGAAGGUUCUGGAGUUUGUGCCUCAUCACUGCCGGCUGCUCCGGGAGGUCACAGGAGGGACCGUUUCUAGUGACAAAGCUGACAUCGUUCCUGGGUAUGACUUCCUUGUUAACUCUGUCUGGCCGGAGACCAUUAAAGGCAUUGAAGGCAGAAUCCCUUCUCUCUUUAAUCCUGGCAAUCCAGAUGCUUUUUAUGAGAGGUACUGCAUUAGUAUGGACUUUGUACGGAAGUUUGAAAGGCAGUGUGGAUCUCAGGCGAGUGUAAAGAGACUCCAUGCACACCCGUCCUAUCAAACCUUCCAGAACAAGUGGAACCUCCCUGUUUACUUUCAGCUGCGAUAUAAGGAGAUUGCUGGAUAUCUGGAAAAUGCCACUGCAGAUGGAUUAAAGGCAGCUUCAGUGGGAAGCCACUACCGACUACAGGUGUCUGAUGUUUUAUGGAGCUGUGUAUGCAGGUGUUGGGCAGAACACGUUUACCUGCCCCCUCUCGCUCAUCGGUUCUGGAAGCUCACGCUGCAGCUUCUCUCCCGUUAUGCCACCUUUCUUACGGAGGUCUUAACAAAAACUCUCUCUGCGGAAACCCCCAAGGAAUCCGCAAGGCCUCUCCCAAGCUCUGCCUCCUCCACGUCGAGCCGUACCUCUCAGGACGCAGACAGCGAGAGCGGUGGUCCUACAGUCCUGUCCACCAAACAACUUGUUUAUAUUGCUGCUGAUGUGGAUAAGUUACAGGAACAGAUUCCUGAAAUCUCUAAUAUGGUGAAGAAAAGAUUGCAGGAAAUUGGGUUCCAAAACCUUGCACUUGUUUCAGAUGUUUUGGAUGACUCUAAAGCAGCUUUGUCCGGGUGCAUCCCAACACUGAACAGCAGGAUGACUCAGAAUCUGACAGAGAGGAGCUUUCGCUUCUUGAAAAACGCAUCAGAAGUUCCUCGCCUUUACAGAAGGACAAAUAAGGAGGUGCCCACCAGAGCCUCAGCUUAUAUGGAUAAUGCUCUACAACCACUACAUCAGCUGCUUACUGACUCCACAGGAGUGGUAAAGGCCUCCAUCAUCCAGGAGUGGCUCCGUGUUGCACUUUCAGACUGCACUCACAGAUACUACGAGACCAUAUCUGACGUGCUGAGCUCUGUGCGGAAGAUGGAGGAGAGUCUGAAAAGGCUGAAACAGGCAAGAAAAACUGCCACAACAAGCACAACAGGAGCCAACGCUGGACCCUCAGACGACAGCAAGAUCCGUCUGCAGUUGGCACUGGAUGUGGAGUACCUCGGAGAGCAGAUUCAAAAGAUGGGGCUCCAGCCAGGCAACAUCACAAUGUUCUCUACUUUGCUGGACCUGGUACGGGAAGCACGGGAUCUUGCAACAGCAGAGCAGGCUGGCUCUUAGGACUCACACUUUGGGUUGAUGGGAAUUUCCUAAUCUGCAGCAAUUAGGCAGGUAGAUGCUUACAGAGGUUACGGGGCAAAACAAAAAGGCUUCCUGAGAGAUUCACAGCUAUGUUGCUUUCAGAGCCGUUCCGAGAUAAAAUCACAGAGCUCUCAGCUGUGACUGUGAAGAAGAAGCACACUACAAGAAUGUGUCCAUGUGGUCAGAUGUUAUUAUUUAUUGUUAAAUCCUACUGGAUGAUUUGGUAAUAAUGAUUAAAUGUAUCUAACAGUGGUCAAAGGGAUUGAUAAUGACAUACAAUGUAAAUUCUGAAUAUAAUACAUUUCAUUCAUUCAUUCUGAAUAAAUGAAAAUCCAUUCA